AUGUCUCCACUAUCUGGGAAACCCACGCGGAAACCCGCCAACUCACCGACAAAUGAUGCCGAACCGUCGUUACCAGAUCCUGCCGUUACGUCCGGCUUUAACUCGGUAUCAGAAGAGGACGCAACACAGAAGUCAGACAACUGCGUACCAUCAAGCAGCACCGUGGGCCAGUUCUCGUUUGCUCCGGCCACGCAAACAACUGUUGUGACAACCACCACGACUACCACAACCAAAUUUCCGCCAUUUGUGAUGAGACCUCCUCGUUUUUCUGGACAGUUGGACCCAAAGAUUUACCCGUUAGCAUCCAUGCCGACCCCAGCGCCCCUUCGUGAUAUACGUUUUGUUUUGAACGGGAAGUCGGUUAUUUUCCAUGAGGCGGACGACGUUCCAGGUAUACUGAGCAAAUUUAACGAGCAACAGGAAUCGCUGAAAGCCUCAGGAGCUAUUCGUUCGACGCUUCGAGAUAUACCAGAAAGCAGCAAAUCCGAUGCCUCAAACUCCAAACUACUAAUCCGAAGUCGACCCUCGAGAUCAUCAGACGCACGGCGUUCACCUUCCACUACGUCGAAUCCUACUACUAAGCCAACAUCUGCCACGAUUCACACUGCUUCUGAAGAACAGCUACCACAAACUGGCUCAGAGCAACCAGUUUUAUCACGACGUUAUGAUUUGCCCCAGCGGGAUCUGGGCCUAGCAACUCCAGAGACGGAGAAUACAAGCUUUUUGCAUUGCAAUAAGGGAAAACACAGCCAACGGACCCGCUCAAUGUUAGGGAAACAAUACCACGAAGAGUCGCCUAGUGCCUCCGGAAUAGUUAGCCCCAUGGCGCCUUCGGAUAAAGAGAGCAACGGAGAUAGUUGUGGAGAUGGUCCAGAGAAGUCCCCACUUCUGGAGAGGCAGCCCAACAUAACUUCCACCCAGACGGCUGGCCGUUCUGGAAAUACCCAGUCAAAUAACGGAUCAAUUGAUGGCAACGUACGAAAAACUAUGAAAUUGAAACCCCAGGUGAAGGCGCGACGCAACAAACAAGGAUUGCUCGGACUAGAGCCCUCAGAUUCGCAAAAUAUGUGCUUACCAAGCCCCAGUCUCUCGCCAAUAGCUCUUAUGAACGCGCAGCAAUUGAGGGAAGCUUCGGGCUCGACGGAUGACGGGAGUGCAGAUUCAAGCCUAGAUGAACUGCCGAAACUCAAGAAUAAAGGCAUUCGUGCAAAGAAGGUCAAGAAAAUAGUGGACUACAGCAAGAAGAUUGCCGCUAGGGGCUGCGUUCCAUUGUCACCCAACUCCUCGGUGCUUGAUAUGCCGAACAUGUUGAAUUCCUUCGAAGCGAUACCAGAUGAGCUCAAGUCGUACAUGAUGUAUCAAUUUCUCCGCAGAUGCCCAAAAUCGACCCUGCAUAUUGUUGCAAGUGUCGUUAAUCCCGCUUUAAAAUGCGACUUUCUGUCUAACUUACCCUUAGAGCUUGGUUUGAAUAUUGUGAAAUAUCUUGAUGUGAAGUCCAUGUGUCGAGCUUCCCAGGUCUGCAGAAAAUGGAGGCAUAUCAUUAACUCGGAUGAGAAGACUUGGAAGGCACAUUUCGUUGCCGAUGGAUUUGUUCUUCCUGCUGGGGAAUUACAGCAAGCCAUCGAACAAGGUUGGGGAUGGCAAUUCUCCAUGUCCCCCAGUGAUGGUGAAAAAGAUCUUCGCAUCCAGUCCUUCAGAUCAUCUGAUAGCGAAUGUUCCUCCUCAAGCGCAUGGCAUCCAGAGAUUACAGGCUCCAAGAUGUCUACGCUCCCAACGCCGUUUUCUCCAUCUCCAAGGAAACUUAAACGCAAGGCUACGACUCAUCUUAGUGGUAGAAGAUCUGCCAAGCGUGCAGAGACGGUCCUUCCAUCUCCCGCGGAAGAUAAAGCCACUCCUUGGCUACAAGAACAGCUUACUGCCAGCGAAAAUCCGUUCAUUGCAGCCAAUGCAGCAGCUAUAGCUGUUCCUUAUCCCGAUUUUGGGUUACCUUCCCUGAAGAGUCUACAUCUCUAUAAGACACUCUAUCAGAGACAUUAUUCAAUUAAACAUAACUGGAUGCGGGAAGACGCAAAACCAUUGCAUCUUGCAUUUCGUGCUCAUGACCACCAUGUCGUUACCUGCUUGCAAUUCGAUACCGACAAGAUCUUGACUGGAAGUGAUGACACCAACAUCAAUGUCUACAACACCAAAACUGGAGCGCUUCAAUCAACCCUUCAGGGCCAUGAGGGAGGCGUUUGGGCUCUGGAAUAUUAUGGUAACACUCUUGUGUCAGGUUCAACGGAUAGAUCCGUUCGUGUCUGGGAUAUUGAGAGCGCAAAAUGUACGCAAAUUUUCCAUGGCCAUACAUCUACAGUUAGAUGUCUGCAAAUCCUGUUGCCGGCAGAGGUUGGAACUCUCGCAGAUGGCACUCCAGAGAUGAUGCCCAAGGAACCAUUGAUUAUUACUGGGUCACGCGACUCUACGCUUAGAGUGUGGAUGUUGCCAAUGCCCAGUGAUCCUACCUAUUUCCAGGCCGGCCCUGCACAGGAUGAUGGGACUUGCCCUUACUUUGUUAGAGUGAUGGUAGGACACACACACUCAGUCCGUGCUAUUGCUGCCCACGGUGAUACCCUAGUUAGUGGCAGCUAUGACUGCACCGUUAGGGUCUGGAAAAUAUCCACUGGUGAGGCCAUUCAUUGUCUUCAAGGCCAUAGUUUCAAAGUUUAUAGUGUGGUUCUGGAUCAUAAACGAAAUCGCUGCAUUAGUGGUUCAAUGGACCACAUGGUCAAAAUUUGGUCCCUUGACACUGGUGCUGUCCUGUAUAAUUUGGAAGGGCAUACUUCUCUUGUUGGUCUUCUCGACUUGAAUGCUGGCCGCCUCGUUUCCGCUGCGGCAGACUAUACUUUAAGAAUCUGGGAUCCGGAGAACGGUCAAUGCAAGAACACAUUGACCGCACAUACAAAUGCCAUCACCUGUUUCCAACACGAUUCCCAGAAAGUCAUUUCCGGCUCCGAUAGGACGCUGAAAAUGUGGAACGUGAAAACUGGGGAAUGCCUGAAGGACCUUCUCACUGACCUCAGCGGAGUCUGGCAAGUCAGAUUUAAUGAUAGACGGUGCGUUGCAGCUGUGCAACGCAAUCGUCUGACAUAUAUUGAGGUUCUCGACUUCGGUGCCUAUCGUGAUGGCACGCCUGCACAUAAACUUGGUCAGAGGAUAGUCGUUGAUGAAAAUGGUGAAGAAGUUAGCGACGAUGCUAAACCUCCCGCGGAAGAGGAAGCCUCUGAUUCUUAA